AUGCCGAGACACGCAUGCCUAUUUGGCAAAUAUCUCAGGCUGAAUGGUAACGUUGAAUCGUGUUUUCAUGGGCACACAUUGUACACAGGGUUUGUACAACGCAAGGGUUUCAAGAAAAAUCAAAUCAUACACCCGAUACCGGUCAAGGCAUACGGACGUGUCCCAUCAGCAGCAUCGCAAACUGGACUCUAUCAUGAUGAAGAUUUCAACUACUACUCCAAGGUCGCAUUCUCACUUAAACGUACACGCAUCAAACUGAAACCGAAUGUCGUGAAAAAGGACCUAGAGUCAAGGUUACUUAAUACCACAGUACCCAACGUCAGGGUCACCACUAGUGCCAUCCAUGCUAUCACACAGUCCGGUGGUUUUGAUAACUAUAUACUGAAUACAACACCUGAACAGCUGCGUUCACAACUGGGAGAACGCAUGCGAUCAGUAGCAUAUUUCUACAAACAGUAUCCGGAUAUCAGGGCAAUGCAACUACCAUGGAAGGUAUUCUAUUCCGAAAGAAGUAGGAAGGAUCCUACUUUUGCCAUAUAUAAACAUACUAUGGCAAAAGCAAAGGCAGAACAACGGGCGGAACGUGAACAGAGACGUUUUUCACCAUUCUACUUACCACCGGCACAUGGUAAAUUCACAUUAAAAAUAAUCGAUCGCAUACCAGGACUCAUGCCUGAACGCCAGCCAUUCAAGCAUGGUGGCUCUACGGAUUCACAUUUAUCUGACGACGCUGAACCUUCAGAUAACGUGGAAGUCACAGACGUGGGACAAAACCCAGCUGCAAAGAAGCUAGACCUUUGGUGGAAGAAGGAUAAAAGUGAGCUUGAAUUCCGUAAAAAACUGGCUAACGCUACUGGAUUCGAUGCCGCACAUGUUGAUGUGGAUAUGCUCAGUGCGUAUCGCAAGGGAGGUGCCCGAGGUGGAGGCGGGCCACAUGGAAAGGCCGUUCGUAGGCGCAGCAAAACAUUUCACCCACUGGGUAGAACAAUACUAAAAUGA